UUUCUGGUGCGAUCUCUCUCUCUCUCUCUCUCUCUCUCCCCCGAAUGAUUCCAUUCUCUGUUCUGUUUCUGAUGACAUUUCAAUUAUAUCUAGCUUGCUUCCAUGAAGAAUCCUUCAUACAUACGGGACCAUGAGUGAUGAUUUUGAUAGAAAUAGAAAUGGCGGCGAAGGGGAACGGAGAAAUGAAGUUUGGGAGCGGAGGGGGGUCGACGACGAAAGGACGGAAUGGACUGGGGAAGAUACAGACGCAGAGGAGACAGAACGGGAUAUGCCAUGACGACAGUGGGCCAACGGUGAAGGCUCAGACGAUCGACGAGCUUCACUCUCUUCAGAAGAAGAGGUCCGCCCCUACCACUCCCAUCAAAGGGAUUCAAGCUGCCUUUGGCCCCGUAGCGUCUCCGAAGAAGAGCUCACAAACUUGCAGCAUGAUCAGUGCGUCUUUGGCAUCUCUAACAAGAGAAACUGGACCCAAGGUGGUGAAAGGAGACCCAGCUCGACAGUCCGAGACCCCAAAGUUCGCGCACGCGUCGCACCCUCAUUUCACUCCUACUAUUAGCGUUAGUGACAGCUCCUUGAAGUUUACACACGUCCUCUACAAUCUUUCACAAGCAGAGCUAUAUGAGCAAGCAAUAAAGUAUGAGAAAGGAUCGUUCAUCACGUCAAACGGAGCAUUGGCUACUCUCUCUGGAGCUAAGACUGGGAGGUCCCCCAAGGACAAACGCGUCGUCAGAGACGAAACUACUGAGGAUGAUCUUUGGUGGGGAAAGGGUUCACCAAACAUCGAAAUGGACGAGCACACCUUCCUGGUGAACAGAGAAAGAGCUGUUGAUUACUUGAACUCUUUGGAAAAGGUAUUCGUGAAUGAUCAAUUCCUGAACUGGGAUCCAGAGAACCAAAUCAAAGUCCGCAUUGUCUCUGCUAGAGCUUACCAUUCCUUGUUUAUGCAUAACAUGUGUAUCCGACCUACACCUGAAGAGCUGGAGAAUUUUGGUACUCCGGACUUCACAAUAUACAAUGCUGGACAGUUUCCGUGUAAUCGUUACACUCACUACAUGACAUCCUCCACUAGCAUAGAUUUAAACCUUGCUAGGAGGGAAAUGGUCAUCCUCGGCACUCAGUACGCCGGGGAGAUGAAGAAAGGCCUUUUCAGUGUAAUGCAUUAUCUCAUGCCUAAUCGUCAAAUCCUGUCCCUUCAUUCUGGCUGCAAUAUGGGCAAAGACGGAGAUGUCGCCCUCUUCUUUGGACUCUCAGGUACUGGGAAGACUACUCUGUCUACUGAUCAUAAUAGAUAUCUAAUUGGAGAUGAUGAACACUGUUGGGGUCAGAAUGGUGUGUCGAACAUAGAAGGUGGUUGCUAUGCCAAGUGCAUCGAUCUCUCUAAAGAGAAGGAACCCGAUAUCUGGAAUGCAAUCAAGUUUGGGACUGUCCUGGAAAAUGUGGUGUUCGAUGAACAUACCCGAGAAGUGGACUAUUCAGAAAAAUCUGUAACAGAGAACACUCGUGCGGCCUACCCCAUCGAAUACAUUCCCAAUGCGAAGAUACCAUGUGUCGGUCCACACCCAAAGAAUGUCAUUCUUUUGGCAUGUGAUGCAUUUGGUGUGCUUCCACCUGUGAGCAAGCUGAGUUUGGCACAGACCAUGUAUCAUUUUAUCAGUGGUUACACUGCUCUGGUUGCUGGCACGGAAGAUGGCAUAAAGGAGCCGCAGGCAACAUUCUCAGCCUGCUUUGGUGCAGCAUUUAUCAUGUUGCAUCCAACCAAGUAUGCAGCCAUGCUGGCCGCAAAGAUGCAGAAACAUGGUGCAACUGGAUGGCUUGUCAACACUGGCUGGUCUGGUGGAAGCUAUGGUUCUGGGAGUCGUAUCAAGUUAGCAUAUACCCGGAAAAUCAUUGAUGCCAUACAUUCUGGCAGCCUUCUGAAGGCAAAUUAUAGGAAGACAGAGGUGUUUGGAUUAGAGAUCCCAACCGGGGUUGAGGGCGUGCCUUCAGAGAUCCUGGAUCCAGUGAACACUUGGUCGAACAAGAAGGCCUACAAGGAAACACUGCUGAAACUGGGUGGGCUUUUCAAGAACAAUUUCGAGGUGUUUGUGAACCACAAGAUUGGCAAGGAUGAUGGGCUGACAGAGGAAAUCCUUGCUGCCGGACCUGUGUUCUGAUCUGAAAUGGAAUCAAAAUUAGACAAAAUAUGAGUAAGAACUGGAAAAUGGGUUGAAAUAAGUGACGAUUAUGUGUGGCUGUAAUCGUUUGUUUGUAUUGUUCUGUUGAAAUUUAGUUCGAAAUCCAUGAAUGUAUCUUGGUUUUUUCUUCCGUAGUCUAUCUCAAGAUAUGAGACUCAUGUUGGUUUGGUAGAUGUAAUGUAUUUUUCUAUUAUUAUUAAUGAAUACCUCGUUGCUAGAUGUAA